GGUGACCUCUCGGACGUGUACAUAGUGGAGCGCCUCUUCUCCAGCAGUCUCGUGGUCGUUGUCAGUCGCUCGAAGCCGCGGCAGAUGAAUGUUUUUCACUUCAAGAAGGGGACAGAAAUCUGCAACUACAACUACUCCGGGAACAUCCUGUCCAUCCGACUGAACCGGCAGAGGCUGGUGGUGUGUCUGGAGGAGUCUGUCUACAUCCACAAUAUCAAGGACAUGAAGCUGCUGAGAACUCUGCUGGACACCCCCCGAAAUCCCACCGGUCUUUGCGCUCUUUCUAUUAACCAUUCCAACUCCUUCCUGGCGUACCCCGGCAGCGCCUCUAUGGGUGAGAUCAUGGUGUACGAUGCCAACAUCCUGAAAAUAGAGUCCACAAUCCCGGCCCACGACAGCCCCCUCGCUGCCAUUGCUUUCACCUCCACAGGGACAAAACUGGCGAGUGCAUCAGAGAAGGGCACCGUGAUCCGGGUCUUCUCCAUCCCUGAGGGGCAGAGACUUUAUGAGUUCAGGAGAGGAAUGAAGAGGUACGUGAACAUUAGCUCCCUGGUAUUCAGUAUGGAUGCUCAGUUCCUUUGUGUGUCCAGCAACACUGAGACUGUGCACGUCUUCAAACUGGAACAUAUACCAGAAAGAUCUGAAGAAAACUCUUCCUGGAGCGGCUAUGUGGGCAAGAUGUUCAUGGCCGCCUCUACCUACCUCCCUGCCCAGGUGUCAGACAUGAUGAACCAGGACCGCGCCUUCGCCACCGUGCGCCUCAGCUUCUCAGGACACAAGAAUGCUUGUACUCUGGUGACGAUCCAGAAACUCCCGCGGCUCCUGGUCUCCUCCUCCAGCGGCCACCUCUACAUCUAUAACCUGGACCCACAAGAUGGUGGCGAGUGCGUCCUCAUAAGGAAACACAGCCUCCUGGGCGCCGGUGGGGACGGUCCUGUGGAGACUUCUCUGCCUGUGUCUUACGCGGCUACUGUGGCCAAGCCGAGCGGGGCCCCCUCUACAUCUACAGUGACAGGGUACUCGGAGGACGGAGGAGCCCUGCAUGGAGAGCUGCUUCCAGAACACGAGUUUGCUGUGGGUCCGGUGCAACUGGAUGAUGAGAGAGAGUUUCCCCCUAUAAGUUUGUGCCGCGGAGGUCAAAAAGACGACUGGUCGUGACCAGAUGCCAAAAAGCGAGAGUGCGCAUGCGCUGGAGGAUGGGUGUUCUGACAGGGCUGUGAUAGGUCAACUCCUUUUAACAAUGGAUUCUGUAUUAUUAUAUUAUUUUACACAACUGUGUCAGAUAUUAAACUCUGCAAAUGAUGA